AUGAUUGAAAUAAUCGUUGAUGAUCGAUUAAGUAAGAAGAUUAAAGUCAAAUGCUUAGAGGACGAUACAAUUGAAGACUUGAAGAAAUUGAUAUGUGUUCAAUUAGGUCUCUCCUCGAUCAACAAAAUCGAUUUACAAAAGAAUAACAUCAAGUUGAAGAACCACAUAACCCUGGACGAUUAUGAGAUUCACAGUAUGACCUCCUUAGAUCUAUAUUAUAUCUAA